AUGGCGUCUGCCUUAGAAUGGGUUCCUGAUUCACUUUACAACACAGCUAUUUCUACAGUUGUAACGUCUUAUUCGAGCAAUAGAAAGGAGCUUAGAACAUUACCUGAAAAUGUCCAAUUUGAUAUUUACUACAAGCUAUACAAUAAAGGCAGGUUGUGUCUGCUUGGGAUGGAAUUCUCAGAGUUGGAUAUAUUUGCCAGAGUUUUAAAAGUGAAUGAUAAAAGACAUCUAUUACACCACUGCUUUCAAGCCCUCAUGGACCAUGGAGUGAAAGUCUCUGCUAUCCUCGCUGAUGCUUAUUGUCAACACUGCUGUUUAGUCAACCCCAAAGAUUCCAAACAAUUAGAUAAAGUCAUCAAAUUAGGGUAUAGUCUAGGUGGCUUCCUUACUGAUGCGGGUUGGUACUACGACAGCGAGAAGGUGCUAUUAUCAUGCCUACAAGCCUGCAAACAGGUCGACAACCCGAGCCUGUGGUAUAAUGCCUUUGAGUGCUGUGUAAGAUUAUUACAUAUCAGGAAUGCCAACUGUAAAUACAGUGAAGCACAUGAGUGCUACGAGUUAGCAAUGAAGUACCUGGAGAAGCUGGAAGAACAUGGCCACAUUGUCAACAAGGCAUUGCUACAUUCAGAACGGUGCAGUCUCCUCUUUGCUAAAUGCCAGUAUGACGAAGCAUAUAAGUACUGUAGCAUGGCACUGAGAGAAAUCACAUCAAAUCUUCCACAAAAGACUAUUGUAGAUGUGCUGAGGCAGUGUGGGAAGGCCUGUGUUGUCAAAAGACAAUUCCAUAAAGCUGAACUUCUGAUAAAACAAGCUGUCCUUUAUACCAGAGAAUAUUUUGGUGUAAAACAUCACAAGUAUUCUGAUGCGCUGCUCGACUAUGGCUUUUAUUUGCUCAAUGUAGAUUCUAUCAACAAAGCAGUGAAAGUAUAUCAGACCGCCUUGGAUAUCCGCCAGUCAGUAUUUGGAGGCAACAAUCUCCAUGUUGCUAUGGCCCAUGAAGACCUCGCCUAUUCAACCUAUGUUCAAGAAUACAGUUCAGGCAAAUUCAGCGACGCACGAGAGCAUGCUGAGCGGGCAAUUGAUAUCAUCACACAUAUCCUGCCGGAAGAUCAUCUUCUCUCAGCUUCCACCAAAAGAGUCAAAGCUCUGAUUCUCGAGGAGAUUGCUAUUGACAGCAGUGAUAAAGAACUAGAGGAUCGUCUCCUACAUGAAGCACAGGACCUACAUCUGGCUUCUCUCUCAUUAGCCCAGAAAGCAUUUGGUGAAAACAAUGUUCAAACAGCCAAGCAUUAUGGAAACUUGGGCAGGUUGUAUCAGUCUAUGCAUCGAUACAAGGAAGCGGAAGCCAUGCAUUUAAAGGCAAUUAACAUCAAAGAGAAUCUGCUUGGCCCCGAGGACUAUGAAGUGGCCCUAUCUGUUGGCCAUCUAGCGUCCUUGUAUAACUACGAUAUGCAGAUGUUUGACGAGGCAGAGAAACUCUACUUGCGAUCUAUAGCUAUAGGAAAAAAACUGUUUGGACCCGGCUACAGUGGAUUGGAAUAUGACUACCGAGGCCUUCUACGCCUCUAUCACCAAGUAGAGAACAGCCUUAAAGCGCUAGACUAUGCUAUUAUAUUACAUGAAUGGAAUCAGAUCAGGGAUCGGAGCAACGCGGAGGAAACACGACCGUUAGACUUUCUUGCAGGGCCUCAAGAACUCACAAAUGUGGUGGAGGAAUUCUUUAUGGAGGAGAACAGAAACAAUAGUCCUAGUCCUAGUCCUAUGAGUGUUGACGGAGAGUAAAAGGUGACAAUCAGCUGGAUAAGGGAUAUUCAUCAUGAAGCACAGAUGUACAAAGUAUAAGUAGGUCAUGGGCUGAUCAUGAUGGUUGGCAGAAAGUUCUCUGUGGCAUUGUCUUAGUUAUUCAAUGCAGAGAUACUACUGGUGCUGUGGCAUAGGCCCUAUGUAGUAGGCAUUAUACUCAAUCCAAUGCAUGUGGUCCAUGACCUGCUGGUAUGACAUAACAUCACACAUAUGGAUAAGGUAGUUUUUCAUGAGAGCGGGAAAUUUUGGCUGGAACCGUUACAAAUUCAACAAGAAUUUUUGGCUAAAAAUGCUGAUCGAUGUUGCAUUGUGGAUGCUCCUAAGCUGUAAUACAUGUAAUUGUGGUGUUUGCUUCUUUCAUUUGUGUAUCAAUACAGUUAUGCUUAGGUGCCAAUCAUGACCCUGCAAAAUUUUACCCUUGGAAGAUGAUGUUUCAUGGAGAGGGUAUGUUUGUGCCAAUAUACCUGCAGAAGGAGAUCUGCUGACAAAGCAGAAUUGCUUUCACAGUCUGAACAUAAAAAUCAUGUUUUGGGACGGGUAAAGAUUUACACUGUAUAUCCACUGUAUAUCUGAUGGAUAUACAUGUAGGUUGCUUUCUGGUUUACACAGUUCAAACACAAAUAUGCAUUUUUGGUUGCAAUCUGUAGUUAUAUUUCAGGUCAAUAGAAUAGUGUUGGUUGUAUUCAUGAUGUGACCUCUAUGCAUGGUAUUUGAGAAAAGAAUAGAAAAAUGUGUUAAUGAGUAUUUGCCCGAAAACUGAGGAUCUAAUCAAGGCAUGGAGCAUUAUGGAUACAAUUUCGAGGUCAAUAUAAUGAUAAUGUCAAUUAUUUGUCAAUUAUGAUUUUCUGUCUAUGCUAUGUGUGCAUGGGAUUGAAAAACUAAAGGUAUUUACAUGUAUAAACUAGUCCUCCUCAACAUGUAUUUCAAGAAAAGUGCUUUGUAGUAGUACCAUAUGUCAUAAGGGGCUAUGUUUAACUUGUCUAGCGUGGCUGCUCAUAAGAUUGCAUUGCUCAUAUUAUUGUCAUGUCAUUACGUCUCAUUAUGAUGUAAUGGUCUCAUUAUGAUGUAAUGUUAUGGUGAUACUACGAGCUGCAAUGUCUUCAUUUGUUAAAAGAUGUUGUUUACCAAUGAACUUUUUUAGGACUGCGUAAACUAAAUGAGUUAUUUCCUAUUAGUGAAUUGAUAAGAUUGUUUUCUUGCUUAAUACUUUUUGACAGACGAUGUAGACAAACUUUCCAUCUUUUGGACAUGCAUGUACAUUUACCACCCUUCGUUUUCUGCUAGAACAAUUGUUGUUGGCUAUUGGAAAAAAAAUGGUCACCUGUAGACACGAACAACAUGUUCUACUGUCUAUUUUGAAACACUUGCUUGUUUACUUAAGUCCCCAAGGCUAAAUAAGUGUUAUACCCCCUGGCCCUGGAUGGUUCAUACUAUGUAUGACUUGUGCAUUGUGUGUAUCCUGUGUAAAUCAUGAUAUUGGUCAGACAGACGAAUCAAUAAAGUGUAUUACAACCCGUAUUUAAAAAAGCA